AUGGGCCGUGAUCGGCACUCUUCGUCGCAUCGCCAUCAUCACUCUCGGUCACCACGGCGUCCGUCCAAAGCGCUGACUGCGGAUGAAAAGGAGUUCUUACGAGCUCAGAAUAAAAGGGAGGAUAGAGGCCGUCGAGAGGGUAGUAUCUUGGAGACCGGGACGAGGAAGAUCGUGGGAGCAGUCGGCCUCGGCACAGUCGUCGUGAACGCCGUCGAUCUUCUGAGAAGGAUAUCGCAGACCACAAAUCUGUCGAAAAUACGGAUAAGUCUGCUAAGGGAUCACCAUCUCGAUCGUCUGAGGAAGGGAGUACCAAGGCGGUUGGGACCCGGUCUGCCAGCGGAGGUAGUGGCCGUUCGGAACACCUGGGGUGACUUGGGCAUUUCAGAGAAACCUAGGGAUUCAUCACCCUCUACGGAGGCGGCCAACGUGACUGAUAAGAGGGAGGAGAGGCGAAAGCGUCUCAUGCAACUGCUUAAGGGAGCUGUUAUUAAGGACCCUCUUGGUCAAGAAAAGAAAGUGGUAUUGCAGCCUUGGCAAGAUGAUGAAUUGGAAAUAGACGAAGAAGACUCCAAGAAGCCUGUGGUGUUCGGCCUGGACGCGGUUGGGUCGGUGGCUAGCAGUAUCCUCCGAAUGGAGGGUAUCCAGGGCCGAGCCAAGGCUUCGACGACGAAGCAAGAGGAAGAGGGGGAGGAGGAGGAAGAUGCUCUCGAUAAGUUUAUGGACGAGCUCACUGCGAAGACUGGUGCCACCGUUGGAGGAGGCGCUGUGGCGGCGGCUAAGGCGGCAGCAGCGGGCCUUUCUGUGAUGGAUGCAGCUAUGCAGAAUAACACUAUAGACUUGGACGAAAUCGAGAAACUUACGAAGGCGGAAGAGGAGAAGUCGAAGGGAGAAGGAGCGGUGGUGAAGAAGGAAGAGGAGGAAGUGGUAGAACAUAAGGAGCAGGAGGAAGAGGAGGAUGAUGAUGAUGAUGAUGAUGCUUAUUAUGAAGCCUUCCGGAAGGCUAUGAAAGAAUCGCAAAAGGAAAGUGAGAAUGUGAAGGAAAUAUUUGCGCCGGUGUUUGAGAAGGAAGAGGAAUUAGCGCCAGCGAAACCGGAAGUGUUUUAUGAUGAGGAGCAUGAUGCUGCGGAUGAUAAUGAGGAUACCUCUUCCUCGUCGGAUGAAGACAGCGACGAUGAUGAUGAACAUGAGGGAGCCGAGAAGGUGGUUGAAGGGGAGUCGGAAAAGAACAAAACCGCCAUCGUAGUGAAACCGGAAAUCAAAGAGGACGAUAUCAGCCGAAUGAGCUAUUUCGAAUUGGCAAAGCAAUUCGUGAGUAAGAAAGAGUUGCCCCCGGUGGACCACAGUAAGAUCGAGUAUUAUCCUAUCAAGAAGAACCUGUAUAAGCAGGUUCGGGAGAUUUCCAAUAUGCCGGAGCAUGAGGUGGCGCAGCUACGACAGAGUAAUGGGGAUAUCAGAGUUAGGGGGAAGCACUGCCCUCGACCCAUAAAGUCGUUCGCUAUGGCAGGCUUGGAUGUUCGAAUUCUGCGUAUGCUGGAUAGGAAGGGCAUUACCACUCCUUUCCCCAUCCAAAUGCAGGCUAUCCCUGCCCUACUGUGUGGCAGGGAUGUGAUAGCAAUAGCCCCUACGGGCAGCGGGAAGACUCUAGCUUACCUCCUUCCUAUGGUCCGGCAUGUGAUGGCGCAGCCUCCGCUGUUUUUCAACGAGGGCCCGAUUGGGUUGGUGAUAGCCCCGACCAGAGAGCUCGCCUUGCAGAUCAACGAGCAGGCGGAAGCGCUUUGCCAUGCAGUUAAUUUGAAAUGUGCGUGUGCGUAUGGAGGUGGUAUUAUGGGUCCUCAGCUGAGCAAGUUGAAGGCGGGUUGUCACAUCCUGGUGGCUACUCCGGGGAGAUUGAUAGAUGUCUUGACGCUGAGUAAUGGUAAAGUGACGAAUUUACGGAGAGUUAGUACGGUGACUUUGGAUGAAGCUGAUAGGAUGUUCGACAUGGGAUUCGAACCUCAGAUCUCUAUGGUGCUGAGAAAUAUCAAUCCGGCGAGGCAGACGUGUAUGUUUUCAGCGACAUUCCCCCCACACGUCGAAGGCUUGGCCCGUCAGAGUCUGUACAAGCCUGUUGAGGUGGUCAUAGGCGACUCUGGCUCGGCUGCUACCAAUGUGAAGCAGAAAGUGGUGGUCGUCCGAGAUGAAGAGGAGCGUUUCAAUAACCUGUUGAAGCUCUUGGGGGAGUGGGCGGACCAUGGGAGCAUUCUGGUGUUCUUUACCAAACAGGAUGAUGUUGAUGGAAUGUAUAUGAGGUUGUUGGAUUAUGGUUAUGCCUGUCUAACGCUGCAUGGAGGGCAGGACCAGCAGGAUAGAGAUGGAACGAUCGACGACUUCAAGAAGAGGAAGCCGCCACCGGCCAAUAUCCUUCUGGCGACCUCAGUGGCGGCGAGAGGCUUGGAUGUUAAGCAUUGUAUAUGUGUUAUCAACUAUACGCCUCCUGACCAUGCUGAGGACUAUGUCCAUAGGGUUGGCCGAACAGGAAGGGCUGGCAAUGUUGGAUUCGCAUAUACGCUUAUCAACUCUAGCACUGAGGGGGAGUAUGCUAGUGAGCUUGUAGAGGUCCUCAAGGCUGCCUCACAGGAGGUGCCUGCCGACCUUGUGACUCUAGCUCAGAACAACCAGGUGUCGAUCUCGGCGGGACUGGUCGCGAAGAAGAGGGGAGGCUUUGGUGGUCGAGGGUUUACGUUUGAGAGUAGCGAGCUGUCGCGGAAUCAACAGCAGAGGAAGGUUGAGAUGGACAAGGCGAAGGCGGAGGCGGACGGAACGAGGCUUGACAAGUUGAAGAAAGAGGAGGAAGCUGGACGGUCGAUGACGGCCGCUCAGGCUGCGGCGAGUGCAGCUGCUAAGGCUGGUGUGCAAUCACAGCACAAGCAGCAACCCUCUGCUGGUUCGACUGGUGUAAAGCCAGCUCCGCCGCCUGGCCCGCCUCCGCCGGGGCAAGCUCGAAAGCCUCCGCCGCCUCCAGGGCCUCCACCUAAGAAGGCGGCGCCACCCUUGCCAAAGGGGCCUCCUCCACCGGGCGCUAAAAAGAAGGCACCGCCGCCGCCGGCAGCGCCUUCAGCGAAGAAUAUCGUUUCGAAUGAGGCCCAAGCUGCUGUGGCUGCGGCUCGGAACUAUAAAGCGCCUCCACCUAAGGAGGCACCGGUGAUACGUAAUGGAGGGAACGCCUCUAGUAUAGUAGCUGUGGCGGCCCAAGGUGCUAGUAACUCUGCAUUGGCCCUGUUGGGUGGGGAUAGGGAGAGCUUUGCUGAGCAGUUGGCUGCGGCAGCUGCUAGUGUGGGGGACAUUCAGGUGGCAAGGACUAAAGCGGCAGCAGAUGAGGUUGUGGAGGAGUUUGAGAUCAAUGAUUACCCUCAGUUGGCCCGAGCGAAGGUCUCUAAUAGGGAGCUACGAGGAGGGAUAGAGGAACGGACGGGUUGUCGCCUGCAGAUCAAAGGGCAGUUCUAUCAGAAGAAUGCAUAUGUUCCACCAGGGUGCCGCAAGCUGUAUAUCGAGAUCAUUGGUAACUCUCGGGUUUCGUGUCAAAGGGCGAAGGCAGAGUGCCGAGAUGUAUGUGAGGAGUGGGCUAAGACUACGCUGAACAUCCCUCAGGGCCGGCUGAUGCGGACUAACAUGCCUCAGAGGAAGAGGCGGAAAUUGGACUGGUAG